GAAGUGGAGAAGAGGGUUCACCGUUCGCUGGGAGUCGAAGAGUGUGUUCGGUCGGAGUCCGGAGGACGGAAAGAAACAUGGCAUUCCUAAAUUCGGUUCUCGUUUACUGAAAUCGCACCACACUCAGCUGACAUGAAGAUUACUCGUCAAGGCCGGACGGGUUUAAAGAUCGUGUUGCUGUGCUGUGUGUGGUACUCCAUAUCCUCCACGAACAAUGUAAUCGGAAAAAUAGUUCUCACAAAUUUCCCGUUCCCCCUGAGCGUCACGAUGGUCCACCUGGGAUCCAUAGCCAUCUACUCUGGGCCGGUCUUAGCUGUGGGGGGAAUAAGGCCCUCGCUUGAUAUGGACUGGCCCUCAUGGGCGAGAUGCAUCCUGCCCCUCGUCCUGGGGAAGUUUUUCACGUCGUUGACAUCACACGUCAGUCUGUGGAAAGUUCCCGUGUCUUAUGCGCACACCGUGAAAGCUACGAUGCCUUUCUUCACUGUGAUCCUCACGAAAUUGAUACUAGGUCAAUCUCAAACUCUAGCAGUGUAUUGCUCUUUGAUCCCCAUCAUUUCCGGAGUAAUCAUAGCUACAGUUACGGAGAUCUCGUUCGAUAUGGUUGGGUUGCUGGCCGCGCUCAGCUCGACCAUUGUAUUCGCUCUACAGAAUAUUUACACCAAAAAGGUGAUGCACGACCGGCAGGUACACCACCUCCGACUUCUGCACAUCCUCGCUCGGUUGGCCCUCUUGUGUUUCCUCCCGAUAUGGAUUUUCUACGACACUCCGAGACUUCUUCGCAAUCGAGAGCUCACUAAACAUACCGAUCUGCUCACCGUUAUACUCCUCUUCAUCGACGGAUUUCUGAACUUCGCCCAAAACCUUGUAGCGUUCACCAUGUUGAACAUGUUGUCACCGUUGACUUAUUCAGUCUGCAACGCCACGAAGCGGAUCUGCAUAAUUAGCUUUUCGCUAUUCAUGCUUCACAACCCAGUGACGGCGGCGAAUGUGUUCGGUAUGAGUCUUGCCAUUUUCGGCGUGCUACUCUAUAAUAAGGCGAAGCUCGAUGCCCACCGGAGAAAGGAGUUACCCACGUACCACACGGUCACAGCUCAAGGCGAUUCGAUCGCCAGCAAAGUAUCGGACGCAAAAUCCCGCCUGGCGAAGACAGCGAACGGGUUCACAAAACCCAACAACAUCCUCUUCGAACAUGUCUUCUCGAACAACAACAACAACAAUUCGCACUACCUUCCGUUGGUUCAUAGUUGACGCUAGUCGCAGUUCAGGAAAACGAUAUUUUAUUGAGAAAUGACGGGUUGCGGAGAGACGGGACUCUCCUCGCGAAGCACAUCACGCAUUCGAUUCACUACAUUGACUCAUCCUCCGACCACAGACGCGAGCCCUCGGAUGUGAUAGAUGAAGUUUUCGGUCUCCGUGGGCGAGCGUCGUAGUCCUGGGUGGGUCCCUCUUUGAAAUUUCGCGCAGGUCCGAGUCAGACGGAGUUGUUUCUUUUGUUGCGAACAUCGCAAUUUUGUUGUGUUCCACAUUCCUGUUUUUCUUCGUACAAAAUGUAAAUAAUCCGCACAGAGAAAAGAAACUGCCUUGCACAGGGAGAGAAGCUGGAGUGGGCCGCGGGGUAGCUCACUGAAGGAGCAGAUUUUAUCGACGUGCUCUCGUUCAGUGGUUCCCCGUUCGCCAAUAGAGUGAUUCCGACAAGAGCCUUCGUGAGUUUUCCAGCCUCCGACCGCCUCUUGUUUUCCCCGCUCCUGUGCUCCGAGUUUCCGGGAACCUAGAAAGGUUUCACCUUCUGAGGCCUUUGCGACAUAUGCCGAGCGGUGAUGUAAUAA